AGUGAGUCACCGACGCCGCCACCAGCCCCGUAAAGCAGAUUUUAGCAAAGCUGGAGCACGGCGUCGUUAUAUGUCCCCAACAAGCUGCCGUAGCCGGGCUUUAGCACUGUGCUCCUCGGAUGGGCAGCUCCCGUUGCACGGAGUGAACGACUCUUUAGUCUGGGAUCAUGGCGGCUGCUGCCUCUACCCACCCUGGCGCCGACAGACGCCGCCACCACCACCAUCACCACCGCCGUGGCGGUGGCAUGGAACCCGGUCGGGAGAGGCUAGAGGAGGACGGGGUUGAGACCCUCACCUCGGUUGAGCAGACAAAAGUGGAGGACAUAGUCCAAGAGGUCUUCGAUGCUUACAAGACAAACCAUCAUGAUUCACAGUUUGUUUUACAGCGGGAGAAGCACUUCCACUACCUUAAGAGAGGUCUGAGACAACUGACAGAUGCCUAUGAGUGUCUAGAUGCCAGUCGUCCAUGGCUGUGCUACUGGAUCCUGCACAGUCUGGAGCUGCUAGAGGAACCCAUCCCAGAAUCUGUAGCUUCUGAUGUGUGCCAAUUUCUCAGCCGCUGCCAGAGCCCCAGAGGAGGGUUUGGAGGGGGGCCGGGCCAGCACCCACAUCUUGCUCCUACAUAUGCAGCUGUCAAUGCUCUCUGCAUCAUUGGCACCGAAGAAGCAUACAGUGUUAUCAACAGAGAUAAACUUCUGGAGUAUCUGUAUUCGCUGAAGCAGCCUGAUGGCUCCUUCAUUAUGCACAUAGGUGGAGAAGUGGACGUCAGGAGCGCCUAUUGUGCGGCAUCAGUGGCUUCGCUUACCAACAUUCUCACACCGACUCUUUUCGAGGGGACAGCAGAGUGGAUAGCAAGAUGUCAGAACUGGGAGGGUGGGAUCGGCGGCGUCCCUGGCAUGGAGGCACAUGGAGGAUACACUUUCUGUGGACUGGCAGCGCUAGUCAUUUUGAACCGUGAAGACGUAUUGAAUCUGAAAAGCCUGCUGCACUGGGUUACAAGCCGGCAGAUGCGUUUUGAAGGAGGGUUUCAAGGCCGCUGCAACAAGCUGGUAGAUGGCUGCUACUCCUUCUGGCAGGCUGGCUUGCUGCCUCUCGUACAUCGAGCACUGCAUGCCAAGGGUGACUCUGCCCUCAGUAUGACACAUUGGAUGUUUGACCAGCAAGCGCUGCAAGAGUACAUCUUGCUAUGCUGCCAGUGUCCUGCAGGGGGCCUGCUGGACAAACCGGGCAAGUCACGGGACUUUUACCAUACCUGCUACUGCCUGAGUGGGCUCUCGAUAGCACAGCAUUUUGGCAGCGGAGACCUUCUCCAUGAAGUCGUGCUAGGAGUACCAGAGAAUCGCCUGCGGCCUACACAUCCUGUCUACAACAUCUCCCCUGACAAAGUGGUGCAAGCUGUGAUGCACUUCCUGAAAAAACCUGUUCCGAGCAGAGAGGAGAUAGUUGCUAACUAAGGGGCGGCUGUUGUUGGAGAUUCUGAGUGGUGUGUGGUUGCCCUGCCACGUGGCACACUACGCUGCAAGUCGUCUUGACUGUUGUGGAGCCCACCUAUGGAGUUAACUUUUGAUUUUGCAGACUGGGCUGGCUGUGUGUGUGUGUGUGUGUGUGUGUGUGUGUUUCGAGCGAGAGAGAGAGAGUGCGCUCUGAUAGCCAUACCAAAAAUGAUCGGUGUUCAGUACCUAGCAGCAGAUUGGCUGUGCAGAGGUGUAUGGUUGGACUGCUCACUAGUGUGGGAAACCCUCCCACCCUGCAAGCAGGGGCAGUUUUGGUUUUAAAGUGAUGCAGCAUGUUAAUAUCUUUAGCAUCUGGCCUACCAGCUCUGUUGUUUCAUUUGCACUGUGCUAAGCAUCUUCAGAAGGCAGCUUCCUAAUUGGCUGCAUACUGGCCUGGCCAGAGGGGAAGAUCUGACCCAUAUCCUUUAUAGGCAAUAUUCGUUUUGUCCAUAAGCACUCCCCGAGGUAUUCAAAAUACUGCUAGCCAGGAGAUGGGACCCCAGCUUAUAAACCGAAGAGUGUUGAAAAUCAACAGGUCAGAAAAGACAAGCAGAGAAUAAUGUGUCCAUUCCUUGUUGUGUCCUGGCUGCUGGAGCACAUCACAGGGAGUGUUCUUGCACAGCCCCUUGUGUGAAGCUCUUUCCUCUCUAUGUCCAGUGUUGCUGGGAGCCCUCUUUCUGCAUUGAGCAAAGGCAGACAGAAUCCUGUGCAAAGCUCUCUUCUCUUCCCCUCCCCCCCAAUUGGUACUAGUCUGCCCAGGGGUGGAUUGACUAUGUAAUGAUGUUUGUGUGUUUUAUUAAAAAAAAUAAACUAAUUCCUUUCUUA